AUGUCUAAACCCAGCAGCCCUGUUCAGCAGGAGAACAGCGAUCUCUCGUCAUCCGAUACUGCGGAAGUCAGCUGUCCACAACCUCCCCCUACCAUGCCAAAUAAUCCCACCGCCCUUAGCGACGAGGACCGACCAAAAGGUUUAAAGCUUGCCCUUAUUUUUUUGGGCUUGUUUUUCAGUGUACUGCUGGCAGCCCUAGAUCAAACUAUAGUGACGACGGCGUUACCAAAAAUUGCCUCCGAAUUCAAUGCACUAAACCAAAUCAGCUGGGUCGGUACAGCUUACAUGCUGACUUCGACUGCUUUUCAGCCAAUUUAUGGAAAGCUGGCAGACAUUUUUGGUCGUAAACCAACAUUACUAGCAGCAGACAUCAUAUUCUUAAUUGGAAGUAUAUUGUCUGGAGCUUCGCAGAGCAUGAUUAUGCUUAUUAUAUGUAGAGCUAUCCAAGGUAUUGGUGGUGGUGGCAUCAUAGCAGCGGUUAUGAUCGUCAUUGGUGAUAUCGUCACCCUCCGUGAGAGAGGAAAAUACCAGGGUAUCAUCGGUGCGUGCUGGGGCAUUGCAUCAGUUAUAGGGCCUCUGCUAGGUGGUGCAUUUACGGAUCAUGCAUCCUGGCGAUGGUGUUUUUAUGUUAAUUUGCCCAUUGGUGGUGUGGCACUGGCUGUCAUUGUCUUCUUCUUACAUUUGCCACAUCCAAAGUCAUCUAUCAUGGAAAAACUAAAGAAAGUUGAUUUCCUGGGAACUUUACUCUUGGUCGCUGCUGUCGUAGCAUUGCUGUUACCAACUGAAUGGGGUGGCAUCACAUACGCUUGGAAUUCCCCAAUUAUCAUUGGACUGUAUUGCGCCGGAGGUGUUUUAGUGAUUCUCUUUUUGGUUCUGGAAAAAUGGAUUGCUCCCAACCCUGUCAUCCCAUUGCGUUUAUUCAGUAUGCGGACCCCAGUUCUCAUUUUUGCCACCUCCUUUUUCUUCGGUAUGGCAUUUUUCACUGGUAUCUACUACCUUCCCAUCUACUUCCAGGCUGUACGAGGUGACAGUGCUACAGCGGCUGGAUUGGAACUAUUGCCGUAUAUGCUUGGUGUGGUAUUCUGUAAUAUUUCUGUGGGUUUUCUUACUGCAAAGACAGGUGUAUACCGUAUAUGGAUUUGGAUAGGUACCUGCCUUAUCACCGUUGGUUCUGGUCUUAUCACUAUGCUUGGAUAUUACUCUAAUAGAGGAGAGCAGAUUGGUUACUUGCUCGUCGCUGGUGUUGGUUUUGGCUGCUGCAUGCAAACCCUCAUUGUUGCCGCCCAAGCAUCAGUAUCAUACAAAGACAUGGCUGUUACAACAGCUUUCGUAAACUUUUCUAGAACAUUAGGAGGUGUAUUUGGAUUGGCUAUUGCCGGUACACUGUUCAACAAUAGGCUGAUAUCGGGGCUGAUGACGCUCAAUUUGAGUCCUGAAACUGUACAAUCAGCCGCCAAUGAUGUUAAAUAUGUCAACUCCCUGUCAGGCACGGAGCACGAGGAAAUCAUUCAGCAAUAUGUUGAUGCACUCAAAUUGUGCUUCAUCAUCAUGGUGCCUUUUGGAGGAAUGUCAUUUUUGUGCUCGUUGGGUAUCCAGCAUUUUGCUCUCCGAAAGUCACUUGGCGAGGCCAAGGCUACUGAUGAAAAGCAAAGCGCAGCUGGUCAAGCAGCUGGUCGAGAUACCGAACAACCAACUCCAGAUACUCCCGCCGAUCCUGUUAAUCCUGAUCUCGAAAAAGGUCACCCUGAAGCAAUGGAACGCCAAUAA